AUGUUCGAGAACGGCAUUGCACAUUUCUUCCAACAUAUAGUGUACAAAGGUACAAGAAAUCGGUCCAAACAGGCAUUGGAGGCACAGAUGACAUGCACAGGUGCUCAAUUUAAGGCCUUCACUGAGAAGGAGCUGGUCGGCUACUACGCCGAGUGCCUGCUCGAGGAUUUGCCGCUUAUCGUCGAUAUCCUCUCAGACUGCAUUUUCCAGAACGCCUUGAACCCAUUUGAGAUUGAAGUGGCCAAAUCAGUUGCCUAUUUGGAGAUGAUGGAUCACGACGAGGAUACCAAUGAAAUAUUAAUGGAUUAUUUACACGGCGCGGCUUUCCACGGCACACCGCUCGCACAAUCGGUUUUAGGGCCCAGUACAAACCUGUACAACUUCACAGAAGCUACCAUAGCCCAGUACAUGAGGCAGAACUUUGACCCGACGCGCACCGUAUUAGUUGCGGUUGGAGGCGCUACGCACCAGUGCGUACAUGAUCUCGGCGCAUUAUAUCUGAACCACCUGCAGCCCGCUAAGUGCGCGGAUUAUGUAUACCGCUUUUCAUGCGGCGACUUUCGCUAUAGAAACGACGACCUGCCUUUCGCCAACGUAGCCAUCGCUUUUGAAGCACCCAAUUUCUGUCACAGCGACGCGUAUGUUUUGGAUAUGGCUACCACGUUCAUUGGGGGCUGGGACGCAAGUAUGCCGCGGGGGAAUUUACCUGCGCCGAUGUGCGCCCGCGCCGCCGCCACGGGCAUGGCGGAUGCUUAUAAAAGCUUCUACUUCAAAUACAAAGACACUGGCUUAUGGGGCAUACAGUAUACAGCGCCCAAGUUGCACGCGGACGAUUUCUUAUACAACUUACAACAGCAAUGCGUAAAGUUGUGUCUGUCCUUGACUCGUGUAGAAUUGGAGCGAGCCAGAAACGAAUACAUAACAUCCCUGGUCACAGAGCUGGACACCCUACCAGGCGCCUGUAAAGAUCUUGCACGAUGGUUCCUUUUUUACGGGCAGAGGCCCUCGACAUUAGAUCGCGUCACCGAGUACCAGUUCGUAAAAUUAGACCGCGUAAGGGAACUGUGCGAGGAACUCAUAUACGACCGCAGUCCGGUCGUCGCUGCGGUAGGCAAUAUAGAAGUGGUCCCAGACUACACCAGGAUUAAGGCCUCUAACUAUUGGCUACGAGUAUAA